AUGCCUAACGCGCCCUCGCCGCCCUCGCCGGUCUCUUCAAGUAAGAAGAGAUCGCAUCCUUCCGAUACAACGGCGAAUAUGGACUCCCCAAAUCCCGCUUCAAACCCCUCCGCCGCGAACGUGCCUUCUACCUCCUCCGGCGCUACCUCCUCGGCCUCGUCCUCCUUCCGCAAUGUUUCCGCCUGUAAUAGAUGUCGCCUGCGGAAGAAUCGCUGUGACCAGCGCCUUCCGCGGUGCCAGUCCUGCGAAAAGGCAGGCGUGCGCUGUGUUGGAUAUGACCCGAUUACGAAGCGGGAGAUCCCGCGCAGCUACGUCUACUUUCUCGAGACUCGGGUAGCACACCUCGAAAAACAGCUGGCGGAUAAUAAUAUUGAUUUCAAGAAAGUCGUUGCUUUCGAUGAAGAGGAGGCUAUCAAGGUGGAGGCGGAUGGGGACUCCGCGCAAGCUCAGUUCAGCUCCGAUGGCCAGGUUGGAAAGGUAUCUGCCGUGGAAAAAGUACGGAAGAACACAUCAAAAGAGGACAGCGAUCGCUUGGAUCAGACAGAUGGAGAAGGAAAUCGCGAGACGGACGGUGACCCCCAAAAUGAGGAUAAUUGGCGCCUACAUAAUUUGGUCUCGAAUAUCGGUAUGGUCUCUGUGCAGGGAACCUCCGAUCCCCGAUAUUUGGGAUCGACAUCGGGUAUCUCGUUCGCGCGUGUUGUCUUCGCCGCGGUCAGGAGCUCACUCCCCGGCAACAUGCCGGAGCGUGCGCCACUACGCACGAGCGACAGGCUGCCUCAAAGCGCGGCUGCUGGUACAGGAGGAAGCAUGCGCGAUUCAUUUUUCGGGCUGCAGACAAGACCUAUGAUGAAACGAGCGGACUUUCCGGAUCGCGAGCUGGCCGAACGGCUAGUGAACCUUUACUUUGAGCAUGCGAAUCCCCAAAUGCCGAUCCUCCACCGUGGAGACUUCAUGGAGCUAUUGGACCGGACCUACCAGCUGGAAGAGAAAGACCGCUCCCCGCGUGCGCAGUACGUGCUCAAUAUCGUAUUCGCUAUCGGCGCUGGAAUCAUUUUUGACGAUAAACCCCAGAGUUCGGACGAUGAGAACCGCGCAAAUCGCAGGACAGCUUCAUCUACAUCCAAAAGACAGAGACUUUCGAGUCAUCAAUAUCAGCCAGAGGAAUACCAUGCUUCGGCGAUUGUUCAUUUGGAAUCGUUCCUUGGGUCGUCUUCUAGUGAGGGGUUCGGUGGAUUGGAAGAGCUGCAGGCAGUGCUCCUUUUGGCCAGUUUCGCCCUCCUGCGACCAGUUGCACCCGGCCUUUGGUACAUCGUCGGUGUUGCUAUGCGCUUAGCUGUAGAUCUUGGACUACACUACGAGGAUGGGACUGGGAUUGAUUCCGCCACGAAAGACGGAAACCAGGCUCAGUCGCGAAUUGAUCCUCGUGAACGAGGACGACGAGAAUGGGUACGCGACCUGCGCCGCCGGCUUUGGUGGUGUGUCUACAGUUUCGACAGACUCGUUGCCACUUGUGUUGGGCGACCAUUCGGUAUCAGUGAUCAGGCUAUCAGCACCGAUUUGCCAUCCAUGAUGGACGACGAGUAUAUCACCAAGUCCGGUCUUCUGACCCCACCCGACGGCGCUCCGACAUAUAAGCAUGUAGCCUUCCACUAUUUCAAGCUCCGACUGCUUCAGUCCGAGAUUCACGAUGUCCUUCAAUACCAACAAGCGCGGGCAGUGCGGAGAAGAGCCUCUAGCGCAGCCAUCCUUCCCCACGCCGAACUGACCUCUCCAUUCCUGCAAGGCUUUGACUCCUUUCGCUCGUGGCGCCAUGACGUACACCGUCGAUUGGUGGAGUGGCAAGAAACUGCUCCCACGCGCCCAGAUACUGGCGUUAGAUUCUCCAUUGAAUUGCUGGAACUCAAUUAUUGGCAAGCUAUCAUUUUACUGUACCAGCAGAGCUUGACGGUACCCGCAGAGUUGGCCGGGGAGCUCACUCCUGCCGAUGAUGUCUCCAGUCCGUCCUUCUCCAAUCCGGAUGAAGGCGAUGAGGAGGACCACGUUUAUCUAAACGUGGCUGAAGCUGGGCAAAAGGUCAUUCGCAUCUAUCGCCAGCUGCAUAGAGUACGAUUGGUCAACUAUACUUACCUUGCUACGCAUCAUAUCUUCAUGGCUGGCAUUUCUUUCUUAUAUGCUAUCUGGCAUUCACCCUUAGUCCGAAGCCACCUGACUCUCGAUGAGGUAGACUUUACAGUUCUCGCUGCAACCUCUGUGUUGGGUGACCUGAUGCACAAAUGUCCACCCGCUGAGGCCUGCCGAGACGCAUUUGAGCGGAUGAGCAAAGCCACCGUUCAGAUGUGUCUCUCGACAACGGGAUUCGGAUCUCAAGUCGAUAUGAACCGCAUCAACACAUCAAACACCCAUAACAACCCCUCGCCUGGCCGUAAUCGCCAGCAGAUGGACCCGCGACACAGGGCAGGCCAGGGUCAACCCCGACGAGCAACACAAGCAACACGCUCCUCCCGCCCACUUCCAAAGUUUGACAUGAACUUGGCUGGUCUCUUCAACGAACGUAACCCAUUAACAGACCGCUCUCGGCCUGAGAGCCGAGCCAGUGGUCCUUCUUAUCCCCAACAAGAAUCCCUUGGUCGCAACUUCGCGGCUGAGAGAUCGUAUGGACCUCGUCAGCCGUCUAUGGACUACUAUCCCAAGUACGAAGCCCCACCAUCUCCGCAGCAUCACCAACAAUUCUACUACUCGACCUCACCGCAAGAUGGCUCGCCGGGCAGUGUCCCCAACAACGUGCCCCAUGCAGAAACGGAAGCGCAAGGGCAGCAAGGACUUAGUCUUGAUUUCCUGGACUUUGGCUCGGUUGAAAUUGAAGGCCAGGGCAACCUGGAAGGCGAGGCUAAUACUGAAUACAAUGCCAUGCCUGUACCAUCCCUGGGCCACAACCUCGGCCAGAACGUUGGGAUUGAUCUAGGCUUUGGGAUGGCGAUGGACUUCCAGCAUGAUUGGAGUGAAAACCCCAACUAUGAUCUCUUGGAGGGAUAUUUCUUCGGCGGAUCGGGGGCUGGCCCUUCAGGAGGGGAUGCUUAG